AUUUUUCAAAAAUGUUGCCUGGGUGGAAAAGAUUUUAUGUCGUGGUCCUGAGCAUGACCAACCUGUUGUUCCUGAUACUCACCCAGCCCGUAGCGGACAAAUUUAAGCGCCAUCCCGAGAAAGUCGAUGAAAAUGACUCGUACGUCAUAAUGGUGGUCCAAACAAUCCAAGUGUUUUUGUAUAUAGCAGCACAAAUACUGCUAGCUCGGCACAUCGUUGAAUUCUUGAUUUUGACUCUUUUUUUGCUCUGGAACUGUACCAUCCAGAUUAUUCUGAGCUGUGGAUAUCUGAUAUUUACCAUACUCUAUGGCCACGCCGACCCACUAGUCAUGAGCCUGGCUAUCGUAGAUAUAACCGUUUCAGUGGUCGGCUUAGUGUUCUGGAACGUGGCCGAAGAGUACUUACAGAUGGGUAUUCAAGAAGACUUAAUAGAUCAAUAAAUUAAAUUAAAUAUUUCAUGUAAAACGCGAGGACUCUAUAGAUACUUACUAUGCUUCUUCGUCAAUUCAAAUAUUGUAACAGUCAUGCAUGUCUUCUGACACUUUCGAAAUCAAUGACCCAAUCG